AGAUCUCGUUGUAUAGACUGCGUUCUCGCGAUAUUUGUGGCACAACUAAUUCAGGCGGAUGUAGUUUUGGGCCCUCUUUUCCGGCGGCCAUAGCGGAAUAAUCGCCAUCAUGAAGCUCAAUCCGUUUGUGACCUCCUCCCGGCGUAAGAACCGCAAGAGGCAUUUUAAUGCCCCUUCACACAUCCGCAGGAAGAUCAUGUCUUCCCCUCUCUCAAAAGAACUUCGCCAGAAGUACAACGUGAGGUCCAUGCCCAUCAGGAAGGAUGAUGAGGUGCAGGUCGUCCGGGGACACUACAAAGGCCAGCAAAUUGGCAAGGUCGUCCAGGUGUACAGAAAGAAAUACGUCAUCUACAUUGAGCGCGUGCAGCGUGAGAAGGCCAAUGGCACCACUGUUCAUGUGGGCAUCCACCCUAGCAAGGUCGUGAUCACCAGGCUAAAGCUUGACAAGGAUCGCAAGAAGAUCCUGGAGCGCAAGGCCAAGUCGCGACAGGAUGGCAAGGAGAAGGGAAAAUACAAGGAGGAGACCAUUGAGAAAAUGCAGGAGUGAACAUCUUUUUGCUAACAAUAAAAGACUGGAUAAAAAUAAA